GUCCACGAGCUCUGGGAUGCAGAAACUUUUGAUUAUGAUUACUGUGUGCUAACACUGGAAACCGAUAUCGUUCAGUCGCCCACCGUUCAGACUGUAGAGCUGGCCACCAGUGCUCCAACACAGGGCACAACAGCUCAACUGACUGGUUGGGGUAAGACAUCGGGCACAUCUAGCACUUUACCUUAUCUACUACAGUACACCAUCAUGGACAUUGUUUCCUGGGAAGUAUGUAAAAAUUUAUGGGAACCGGCGGGUCAUAUGUUAACAGACCGUAUGAUUUGUGCCUCACAUCCAACGGCAAGUGGUUGUAACGGUGAUUCUGGUGGACCUUUAGUAGUUGAUGGCAAAUUGGUAGUGGCCCAAAUUGCUCACGCUUACAUAGCAAUCUCACCAAGGUAUAAUAAUGGUAGAAUUGUUGGCGGAACUGACGCUAAGGCCGACCAGGCUCCAUUUCAAGUAUCAAUAGUGCUCUAUACCGGUUGGUUUGAUUAUUUGCAUAUUUGCGGCGGUUCACUGGCCGGCCGUCGGUCAGUAGUGACGGCCGCCCACUGUUGUGAUGGCUAUCACGCAUCAGAUUUAGAGGCCAGAUAUGACGGCCUUGACUUUGUGACCCUUAAGACCAUAAACAAGGUGACAAAAAUUGAUAUCCACGAGGGCUUUAAUUCCCAGACCCAUGACUGGGACUACUGUGUGCUAACACUACGAGACGAUGUCGUUAAGUCACCCACCGUUCAGACCAUCGAAUUGGCCACUAGUGUUCCGCUAACCGGUUCUGCCGCUCAUCUGACAGGUUGGGGUAGAAUACCUGUAACAUCUGCCAAAGCAUUGCUCCAGUACACACCCAUGGUCAUAGUUUCACGGCAACAGUGUAAUGAGAUAUGGGAACCGGCGUGUCAGACGGUUACAGAACGUAUGAUUUGCGCAUCAAACCCGUCAGCCGGUGGUUGUAGUGGUGAUGUGGGUAAUCCCUUAGUAGCUGAUGGCAGAUUAGUCGGUAUUUUAUCAUGGUAUGGUAAAGAUUGUCCGGCAAACACUGUUGAGUGGCCCAACUUGUACUCCGAUGUGGCCAAUCAAUGGCAAUGGCUCGACGAUCGCAUUGCUAAAUAA